AGAGAAGAGAGGUCACAGGUACUUUUGCGCCCUUCUUCAUGCCACGCUGAGACGAGGAGGACCAUGGGGGCGCUCUCCUCCAAGAAGAAGGAGUCGUCCUUCGAGGGGGAGCAAGUUAGCUUCGAUCACUUCCAAGUCCUGCGAGCGAUCGGAAAAGGCAGUUUCGGCAAGGUGUGCAUCGUGCAGAAGCGAGACAGCAAGCAGAUGUUCGCCAUGAAGUACAUGAACAAGACGCAGUGCGAGGCGAGGGACGCUCUGAGCAACGUCUUCAGGGAGAUUGAAAUUCUGGCUUCGCUCAGCCACCCUUUCCUGGUCAACCUCUGGUUCAGCUUCCAAGAUGAGGAGGACAUGUUCAUGGUCGUCGAUCUUCUUCUGGGAGGCGACUUGCGCUACCACGUGCAACAGGGCGUGCAAUACACAGACGAUGCAGUGCGACUCUACAUCCUGGAGGUGGCGGCGGCGCUCCAGUACCUUCACAACAGGAGUAUUAUCCACAGGGACAUCAAGCCUGACAACUUGCUGUUAGAUGAAGAAGGCCACGUGCACCUGACAGACUUCAACAUCGCCACCGUCCUGCGCGAUGACCAGCUCGCGACCUCGAUGUCAGGAACCAAACCAUACAUGGCUCCCGAGGUGUUCGAAUGCGCGGCAGACACCUGCGACGGCUACAGCUUCCCCGUCGAUUGGUGGUCUCUAGGGGUGACAGCCUAUGAAGUUAGACGGGGAAAGCGCCCUUACGACAUCCAUUCCAACACGUCACUCCACGAGAUUCGCCUUAUGUUCCUGCAGAACCCGAAGUUCCCCGUCGACUGCCACCCCGGCCUCGUGCAUCUCAUAUCAAGGCUACUGACCAUAUCACCCGAGAAGAGGAUCAGCAGCAUCGACGAGAUCCUGGCGCUGCCCUACACUUCCGGCGUCUGCGUGGACACCCUCCUGAAGAAGAAGUACAAGCCUCCUUUCACGCCUCCGAAGGACCACCUGAACUGCGACCCGACCUUCGAGCUCGAGGAGAUGAUCAUCGAGUCGCGCCCUCUGCACAAGAAGAAGAAGCGGCUCUCGAAGCAGAAGAGCAUCCGGGAGACGCACACCUCCAUCUCGGGCACCACGGAGGGCGAGGCCGUGGUCUACGAAGGGAUGUUGGUGUUCAAC